GGGGGUUUCGGUCAGCUGACACCGGGUGUGGUCAUGUGACUCCUCGAAACAGUAAAGGUGCACGGCCGAGUCGUCGAGACGUUCACACUUCAACAAUGGGGCAGACCCAGGCAUCCUCCAGGUUGUUGUUCAUACUCUCCAUCGUCGUCGGUACAGGGCUCGCCGUCCCGCUGGCAGACAAAGAAGCCUGGAGCUAUGUGGAGGUGAGAGACGGGGCCCACAUGUUCUGGUGGCUUUACUAUGCCGACAGCCCGUCUGCUGGAUACACGGACCUGCCUCUGGUCAUGUGGCUGCAGGGUGGACCAGGAGGAUCCGGGAGUGGCUUUGGGAACUUUGAGGAGAUUGGCCCUUUGAACAGGAACCAGGAGCCCAGGAAGACGAGCUGGGUGCAGGCAGCGAGCGUAUUGUUUGUAGACAAUCCCGUGGGCACUGGCUUCAGCUACACUGAGCGGCCUGAUGGCUACGCCACCGAUGUGGCCACGGUGGCCUCAGACAUGCUGGUGCUGCUCAAACACUUCUUCGGCGAGAGGGCCGAGUUCCAGGGCAUCCCCUUUUUCAUCUUCUCUGAGUCAUACGGAGGGAAGAUGGCGGCUGCUAUCGCACUGGAACUCACCAAGGCCAUAGCACAAGGCACAGUGAAAUGCAACUUUGCUGGUGUGGCACUUGGAGACUCGUGGAUUUCCCCACUGGACUCUGUCAUGACGUGGGGACCGUACCUCUACUCCACCUCGCUGCUGGAUGAUUACGGCCUGGCGGAAGUCAAUGGCGCAGCGGGCGAUGUGAAGCGGGCCGUGGAGCAGCAGCAGUUUGAGAAGGCCACUGAGCUGUGGUCUGUGGCCGAAACUGUGGUGGAGCAGAACACCAACGGCGUCAACUUCUACAACAUCCUCACCCUGGAGCCGGAGGAGAAACUCGGCUCCUCCGCAGGAGAGAACUACAUUGCUCUGCAGACACGUCGCCACAUUCGUCCCCUCCACAGCCAAUCGCUGAGCGCGCUGAUGAAUGGACCAAUCAGGAAGAAACUGGGCAUCAUUCCCCACAAUGUCACCUGGGGAGGCCAGGCGGAGCAUGUGUUCAGCAACAUGGCAGGAGACUUCAUGAGGCCAGUGGUGGACGUGGUCAACCAGCUGCUGACCACCGGAGUCAACGUGACGGUCUACAAUGGACAGCUGGACCUCAUCGUGGACACCAUGGGUCAGGAGCAGUGGGUGAAGCAGCUGGGGUGGGAGGGGCUGGCUGGAUUUAACAAGCUGAGGUGGUGCGCCCUGGAUGACCCCAUCACCCCGGGCUUCACCGGAGCUUUCUACAAGACCUAUAAGAACUUUGCCUUCUAUUGGAUCCUCAGAGCUGGUCACAUGAUUCCCUCGGACCAGGGACCUAUGGCCUUACAGAUGAUGAAGAUGAUCACUCAGCAGGCCUGAUCCAUCCACUCUGAUGCCAGCUGGAAUGGCUCUGACAAUCACUUUUUUUCUUUUCUUUUUUUUCCAAUAUAAAUCACUUUCUGCUAAACCAAAUCAAAACUCUUACUCCUCCUUGCUUACAACAAAGACCUGUGUAGAUUCUGUUUGUAACACCAAUAAAACCUUCUUUUUUUUUUUGUAUA